AUGGGCUCCAUUGAACCACCUAAUGCUUCUAGCUGUCUUGUAUACCAGACCAUCACUGAGUUUGCAGACUUCCCCGAUCACGAUCAGAAGCUAUGGUGGCACAGUACGGCACCUAUGUUCGCAGAAAUGCUCAAGGUUGCUGGAUAUGAUAUUCAUUCUCGGUACAAAGCUCUCGGGUUGUACCAGAAGUUUAUCAUUCCUUUCCUUGGUGUCUACCCUACCAAAACCAACGAUCGAUGGCUCAGCAUCCUAACUCGAUACGGCACGCCUUUUGAACUGAGCUUAAACUGCACCCACUCAGUGGUGCGAUACACCUUUGAGCCCAUUAACGCUGCCACCGGCUCCCUGAAAGAUCCCUUCAACACUCAUGCCAUAUGGGACGCACUCGAUACACUGAUCCCUUUGCAGAAGGGCAUUGAUCUAGAGUUCUUCGCGCAUCUGAAGAGGGAUCUCACUGUCAACGACCAAGACACGGCCUACCUCUUAGAGAAAAAGAAGGUUGGGGGCCAAAUCCGAACGCAAAACAAACUGGCCUUGGACCUGAAGGGUGGCGAGUUCGUGUUGAAGGCGUAUAUAUAUCCCGCACUCAAAUCUCUGGCAACCGGCAAGCCAGUGCAAGAGCUCAUGUUUGACUCUGUUCAUCGCCUUUCCCACCAGUACCCGACUCUCGCCGCGCCUCUCCGCAAAUUAGAAGAGUAUGUUCACUCUCGCGGAACUUCCAGUACCGCCUCUCCCCGGCUCAUUUCUUGCGAUCUAUGUGACCCACGUCAAUCUCGGAUCAAAAUAUACCUCUUGGAGCUGAAUGUCUCCCUGGAAUCGAUGGAGGACCUGUGGACACUAGGCGGCCGACGAAACGAUACCCAAACACUCGCUGGAUUAGAGAUGAUUCGGGAGCUAUGGGACCUGAUCAACCUUCCCACCGGUAUUCUCUCGUACCCGGAGCCCUAUCUCAAGCUUGGCGAGGUCCCCAAUGAGCAGCUUCCUCUGAUGGCCAACUAUACCCUUCACCACGACGACCCAAUGCCCGAACCGCAGGUCUACUUUACGACUUUCGGUAUGAACGAUGGCCGGGUCACGGAUGGACUAGCCACCUUCUUCAGGCGUCACGGCUACACCCAUAUGCUGCAGACAUACAGGGAUAGCCUGCGUGCUUACUAUCCUCAUGUAGAUCAUGACACUGUCAACUACCUCCACGCCUACAUCUCUUUCUCUUACCGGAAGGGGAGCCCGUAUUUAAGUGUCUAUCUUCAAUCCUUCGAGACUGGUGACUGGCCAAUCUCCAGCUUCGGUGCGCCUAUCCUUGAGCCUGUCUCUAAGAAGAUGUGUCGUGGCCAUCCUGUCUCUUUCGAGGUACCUUUGACAAAGCAGCAGGUGGUGGCCAUGUGGGAUUCCAAGUACUCACCGAGACCCCUGCUCACCACGCAGUCUCUCGUGGCGCGCAGCAAGAUCGCUCUGUCCCCGCAUCACACCAAGCCCUUCUCAACCUCCCCAUCCCUAUCCUGCGCGAGACACCAAAGCACCAGCGGAGAACCACCGUCGAUCGCGGAACCACCUGCCAAGCCCAAGAACCAGACCCAGACUGACAUUCCUGGUGCGGAUCCCGCAGACCGAUAUGCAGCAGGCCUGCGCCUGAACAAGGAAUGGGCUGCCCAGACAGCCCGCAACCAGCCCGAGCUCUUCCCUACCCUGGCCUCGGGCCAAACGCCGCAGAUUCUGUGGAUCGGGUGCUCCGACUCCCGCUGCCCCGAAACCACCUUCCUAGGCCUGCAGCCCGGCGACGUCUUCGUGCACCGCAACAUUGCCAACAUCCUCCACCCGGGCGACCUCAGCUCCAACGCCGUUAUCGAAUACGCCGUGCAAUACUUGCGUGUCAACCAUGUCGUGGUGUGCGGGCACACAUGCUGCGGUGGUGUCUCGGCUGCCAUGGGCAAUAAGAACUUGGGUAUUUUGGAUCCGUGGCUGUUUCCCCUUCGUCAGCUGCGCGAGCGCAACCUGGAACUUUUGCAGUCAAUGCCUGCUGAAGAGGCGUCGUCGAAGCUGGCCGAGCUGAACGUUCGCGAGGGCUUGAACAUUGUCAAGCAGAAGAGUGUUGUGUUGAACGCGAUCCGCGACCGGGGACUGCAGCUGCAUGGCUUGGUUUACGAUGUUGGAUCCGGUGUGCUCAGUGAGCUGGACACGCAGGACUCGGAGGAGGUUAUCAGGGCCCGUUUGACGGCUUUUCAAACCGAGUGA